AUUCAUUAUUCAGAUUCUUCAGGUCUUUUCAACUUCGCUCUCUCUCUUUGCUUCAUAUUCGUGUUAAUUAGGGUUUUCGAUUAAUUCAGAAGACACAGCAAUGGGGAAAUCGAGCAGAUCUAAAGGAUCGAAUCUCAUCGGCAAAGGUGAAGUUACCCCAACGCAAGUUGCUUUUAUCGUCGAUCGCUAUCUCCACGACAAUCGAUUCUCAGAAACUCGAGCCCUCUUUAGAUCUGAAGCUUCUUCUCUCAUCUCUGAUUCCCCAAUUCGCAAUGUUCCGAAUAGUUUGAUGACUCUUGAUGCUAUGUUGAACCAUUACGUAUCUCUAAAGAAGCAGAAAGUGAGUCUGGAUCAAGAGAAACUGAAAUUGGAUCAAGAGAAAAUUAGGGUUCAAAAUCUGUUGCAGGGGAUGGAAAAUGUGAUGAAUACUUACAACGCUAGCCUCACCGCUCCUCCUCCGGCUUCAGCUCCAACUUCUCAACAGAAAAAUCACAGUAUCUCUUCUUCAGGCUUAUCUCAGUACAACACACUAAAUGGUAUGUCAGUAUCAUUGCUUGGUAACAAAAGAGUAGAUUUUGGGAAUUUUUCCACACCUUCGACGAGUCAGUCUAUAACUGGGAAACGAAAAGGUCCUGAAGUUUCUGUAACAGCUCCUCCGGUAUCUAGGAAAUCAAGGAUCACUAGAGCAACUGGGACUAAUAAGUUGCCACAAGCUGAUAAAGCAGCUAACAAUUUCACAUCUGAAACACUAGCAGUGGCUAAAAACUCUGCAAGUAAUGAGUUGAUUGGUAAUGGGUCAAGUGUGGUGAAGUGUUUGUUCAAUAAGGCUGAUUCGUCUGUUCCUACUAGUUCAACAUGCUUUAGGACACCACAAAAACAUGCUUCUUCUGGGAGUGAUAAGUCCAACAGUUCCCAGAAAGAAGUUACUCCUACAAAUACAAACUGCACAAUUGUUACAAAGGAGAGAUUCACAAUCAGCCCUCUCAAGCAAAUUACUUCUUAUUCAGUGGAAAGAAGCCAUCUUAUUUCUUUUUCUUCACCGGUCAAGUCUAACCUGAAGAUGUCAAAUAAGAGAGACCAUGUGAAAGGAAAGCUCAACUUUGAUGACACUGACACAGAAACGUGCUUAGAGGCACCUGCCACUGCAGAUUUAGUUUCAACUUCUCCAUCUGGGUCUGAGCCAGAAGUUGAUUUGUUUGACAUGGACUUUUCUAAUCUGGAUUUCUCGGAGCUACUAGUUGAUUUCGAUCUUGGUUGUGAAGGAAGUGCAAAUCAUUGCUUGUCACUGACCCCAAAUCAACCCACUCAAACUGUUUCAGGGUCGUCUCCUGAAUCAGGGGAUUGUAAUCUCGAGUCUGACCAGCCCUUUUUGGAAUAUACAUCAACCGUGACUGAUGUGAUUCAAAUUUCAAGAUGUAUUGAUCCUCUCUCUAACUCGAGCCAUUCUUCUCUUAACACAGACAAGAUUUGAAAGCAAAGAGUGACAUGACAGACAAUUGACUGAUUUUGAAGACUAUGAUUGACUCCAAGACCACCAAUGCAAGAUCCUCUGUUUUCUCCUUACUAUGCUGCUAGUGCUUAUUCUUGUAAUGAUCUGUGAAAUAUGAAAAGGCUAUCCCAUAACGUAGCUUAUAAUUAACUAGUAUUACAUGUAGGUGUAUAAAUUAAACUUGGUUUUUUGGUCUAUAGUUUUAAUUAAACUUGGUUUCUUGGUCUAUAGUUUUA